CUCGUUCGCGCUGAUCUAUACAUACAUAUCGACUUCGUCCUUGUCCUUCCACCAUUCCGGUAACGGCUCAUAACAUGAACUACUGCGAGUUAGUGAUGAUCUCCCUGUUUUUUUUUGUUGCAGUGUGGCUCUGGUUCAUGGGGAGGAAGGCGCAGGCCGGUUCGAUCUCCACCAUUCUUGAGUCCUCGACUUGGUAUUGGACAUUAGGUCCUAGAUUUUGUACUCUUACAGAUGGGUUUAACUUGUCACUGCUCACUUCGAGAAUUCUGGACAAAGAUUCAAUCACGACUGGAUCCUUGAGAUAACCUGAAUUACAGCCAUACUUAGACUUACUUCAUGG